AAGGGGCUCGGCAGCGGCCGGGCGGGGAGGAGGGAGGCACCGGCUGCGGCACCGAGGCAGGAAGCGGCGGCCGCUGGGGGGGGUGGGGGGAGGGGAAGGAGGCAGGAAAAUAGAAAAAAAAGAGGCAAAACAAGGCGGCAGCGGAGCCUUCGCGCGAAGGACCCACCGCGGCCAGGCUCGCCGGCUACCGAAGCGCCUCCCGACUGCCCGGAACCGGUGUCGCGGCAGCCCUCCCCCCCUUCUCCUGUCGGUGUCGUCCGCGGAGCCUCCCCCCCACCCCCCGUCCUCCUUCCACCUCCCGGCAGCAGCGCCCCCCGCAGCGACCCUGCCGGUGCCCGGCCGGCUUACAUGAGGGGGAAGGAAGCCCGCCUGGAGCCGAGAAGACGCGCAGCAGGGGAAGGACUGCUCCGAGGAGCCGCCGCCGUCACCGGACCCCGCGCCCUGGUCAGUCCGCCGGGCCCCCACUCCGCUGCGCCCAGCGGCCGAGACCCCGUCCCGUAACCUCCGGGCGAAUUGGGAGAACCGGUUAAACACCUUCCAUGGGGGAGAGAGGAGCCCGGCCCCCCGCCGCCUGCACCUUCCCCUCCCUGCCGGAGGCUGCUCCUCUCCUGAGGUAAAAAAAUAUAACCCCUCCUGCCUUUCCCCGACACCAGGACUCUUGCGAGGGAGGGGGGACACCGCGGGGCACGCCACGGAGAGCCGGGGCCCGGCGAGCCGCGCCGCCCGCUCCUGCCCCGCUGGAUGCCGAGUCCCUGAGGAGGAAACCCACACGUAACGCAUAUCUAUCACCCGGCCUCGGCCAGGGGCUCGCUCGCCCGCGGGAAGCCCACGUAUCGCGGUGGAAGGAGGCGAGCUCCGCACCAGAAACCACCCUCUCAGCAGCAGCGAGAGCGAGAAAAUCUCCUUCCCCUUCCUCCUGCACAACUCGCUGUCCCCUCCCUUCCCUUUUCCCGAACGGUGAAUGCUGAUUUCUGAGAUGAAAAUCUUCCUCUUCGGACAGCCGGGACUUAUAUGAAGGACACGCAAAUAUUGGAUCAUAAAUAAGAAGCGAGUCUGGCGAGCUCAGAAACCCAGCCCAAAAGGAGCAGCAUCAAGAAUUCACCCUUCUCCUGCACAACUCACUCCCCACCCAACACAGAGAGAAUACUAAUUUCCUGAGAUAAGAUCUUACCCCUUUAAACAACCACACACACUCAUACACACACAAACACACACUCACAGAGUGUAUAUUAUUACUAAAUAUAAUCGGCUCAACACAGCGGCACGGGGAAAAAGCCUCUUCUGCAACUCACUCCCCCUUUUCACCUUUCUGAAUGCUGAGAUCUUGAGGUAAAUUUUUCCCUUACCCACGGCAAAGACUCUUUUGGAACAGGACACAAAAUAUAUAUUAGAUUAUAGAGAUGUAUUAAAUUAUUCCAGAUUUAAAUCUAUUUUUUGCUGCCAAGGGGUCGGGGGACCAGACGUCAUUGUAUAUAUUAGGUUUUUUUUCUUCUCUCUUAACUCAUUUAUGGGCGAGUUAAGGCUGCUGAGGAGGAAGAAAACAGGAUAGUUAGAAUCUCUUUAUCCUUAUUCCCCAUAAGCUUUUUCUCUCAUUGCUGUGCAUUUCCUUUAGAAAAAAAGGAAACCUCUUAUUUUGUGAACCAAAGAUCUAUUUUUCCCUUCCUCUUGGCCAAAGGAAGGAAACGGACAGAAAUUGACACAUUGAAAUUGCUGAAGAGAUCUGUCUUGUGCAAAAAAAAACCCCAACAAACAUCUUUAUCCAAAUCUGAAAUAAAUAGAGUGGAGGGAGAAACUGGAGUAUCUAGCUAAACCCAGGAUACUUGCUAAUCUUGCCUCGGAAGAGGACAAGGUAAACACUAAACAUCAACUUCUUCUUGCAGGGAGGAUUCCAACCCUAAAGAUAAUAAAUGGGGGAUUACGGGUUUGGAGUGUUAGUGCAAAACAACACUGGAAGUAAGUCAGCUUUUCCAGUCAGAUUUCAUCCACAUCUGCAGCCUCCACACCAUCAUCAAAAUGCAACCCCCAGCCCCGCUGCUUUUAUAAAUAAUAACACAGCUGCCAAUGGCAGCAGUGCUGGGUCAGCUUGGCUCUUUCCUGCUCCAGCUGCCCAUAAUAUUCAGGAUGAGAUUCUGGGGUCAGAAAAAUCUAAAACUCAGCAACAGGAAAAGCAAGAGUCCCUAGAAAAACAGCAGCUUUCUCCUGGUCAAAGUCAGGAAGCAGGCAUGCUCUCUGAACCCGAGAAAACUAAAACUGAAGAAAAUCCAGGCGAUAAUUCUUCAGAGAACAGCAAUGGGAAGGAGAAAAUAAGAAUAGAAUCGCCGGUGUUAACAGGAUUUGAUUAUCAAGAGGCUUCGGGGCUAGGUACUUCGACGCAGCCCCUGACAUCCACUGCGUCUUCUCUGACUGGUUUUAGUAACUGGUCUGCAGCGAUAGCUCCUUCUUCUUCUACAAUAAUCAAUGAAGAUGCAAGCUUUUUUCACCAGGGAGGGGUCCCUGCUGCCUCGGCUAAUAACGGUGCUCUGCUGUUUCAGAAUUUUCCACAUCACGUCAGCCCUGGCUUUGGCGGUAGCUUUUCCCCCCAAAUUGGACCCCUCUCUCAACACCACCCUCAUCACCCCCAUUUUCAGCAUCAUCACAAUCAGCAUCAGCAACAGAGGAGGUCUCCUGCAAGUCCUCAUCCACCUCCAUUCACACAUAGAAAUGCUGCUUUUAAUCAGUUGCCUCAUUUGGCUAAUAAUCUUAACAAGCCACCUUCUCCAUGGAGCAGCUACCAAAGUCCAUCGCCUACACCAUCUUCCUGGAGCCCCGGUGGCGGUGGAUACGGUGGGUGGGGUGGAUCCCAAGGUCGGGACCACCGCAGGGGACUGAAUGGAGGGAUAACACCCUUGAACUCCAUCUCACCCUUAAAGAAGAAUUUUCCAAGUAAUCAUAUCCAGUUGCAGAAAUAUCCUCGACCCAGCUCAGCUUUUGCUCCGAAAUCGUGGAUGGAAGACAGUUUGAAUAGAGCUGACAACAUUUUUCCUUUUCAGGAUCGCACAAGGACUUUUGACAUGCAUUCACUGGAGAACUCGCUAAUUGACAUAAUGAGAGCUGAAAAUGAUUCACUGAAAGGUCAGUCUUCACUGUUUCCAAUGGAAGACGGGUUCUUGGACGAUGGACGUGGGGAUCAAACCCUUCACAGUGGUUUAGGAUCACCUCACUGCUUCUCCCAUCAGAAUGGAGAAAGAGUGGAACGGUAUUCCCGGAAAGUCUUUGUCGGCGGACUGCCACCAGAUAUUGAUGAAGAUGAGAUCACUGCUAGUUUUCGUCGCUUUGGACCUUUGAUUGUGGACUGGCCACACAAAGCAGAGAGCAAAUCUUAUUUUCCUCCUAAAGGAUAUGCAUUUUUGCUGUUCCAAGAUGAAAGCUCUGUACAGGCACUGAUUGAUGCAUGUAUUGAAGAAGAUGGAAAACUCUAUCUUUGUGUUUCCAGCCCCACUAUCAAAGACAAACCGGUUCAGAUCCGGCCUUGGAACCUUAGUGAUAGUGAUUUUGUUAUGGAUGGUUCACAGCCUCUUGACCCACGAAAAACCAUUUUUGUUGGUGGUGUUCCUCGGCCUUUACGAGCAGUGGAACUUGCAAUGAUAAUGGAUCGUCUGUACGGAGGGGUGUGCUAUGCUGGAAUCGACACAGACCCUGAGCUGAAGUACCCAAAAGGAGCUGGGCGGGUUGCGUUUUCUAAUCAACAGAGUUACAUAGCUGCUAUCAGCGCUCGCUUUGUUCAGCUGCAGCAUGGAGAGAUAGAUAAACGGGUGGAAGUUAAGCCAUAUGUCUUGGAUGAUCAGCUUUGCGAUGAAUGUCAGGGGGCCCGUUGCGGUGGAAAAUUCGCUCCAUUUUUCUGUGCUAACGUUACCUGUCUGCAGUAUUACUGUGAAUAUUGCUGGGCUGCUAUCCAUUCACGCGCUGGCAGGGAGUUCCACAAGCCCCUGGUGAAGGAGGGAGGAGAUCGCCCAAGACAUAUUUCAUUCCGCUGGAACUAAAUGAUCACUGCAGUGCUCAUAUGCAGGCCUCAAAUUAAGUGCACUCUUCUGUUAUCCUGAUUGUCCCUACCCCCCACCCUCCCCUUUC